CAACGCAGUUUGCGCAGAGUUCAGAGUAAUGGCGGCUGUGCUGGAGCAGCUCACGAGACUCGCGAAAUGAAGCGACGGAGGGACGACUGCUGCUAACAGAGGGCCUUUAGAGGGGUUUGCGGGCGUGGGAUCGCAUCGAGAGGUGCAGACUUGGCAGCGGUUGAGGACUUUGAUCGGUUGAGCGCGAUGAUAAAGCUCAAGUCCGACCAGACGCGCACUUACGACGGAGAUGGCUACAAGAAGCGCGCGGCCUGCCUGUGCUUCAGGAGCGAGCGCGAGGAGGAGGUGCUGCUGGUGAGCAGCAGGAGUCAUGCGGAGAGAUGGAUCGUUCCUGGAGGAGGGAUGGAGCCGGAGGAGGAGCCCAGUGUAGCUGCUGUCAGGGAGGUGUGUGAGGAGGCAGGAGUCAAAGGUACAUUAGGACGUUUGGUAGGCGUUUUUGAGAACCGGGACAGGAAGCACAGGACGUAUGUCUAUGUCCUCAUCGUCACUGAGGUCCUGGAGGACUGGGAGGAUUCAGUCAAUAUUGGGAGGAAGAGGGAGUGGUUUAAGACCGAAGAUGCCCAGCGUGUGCUGCUGUGUCACAAACCUAUGCAGGCGUCUUACUUCGAAGCCCUUCAGCGGGACCGCACGACCAGCAACGGCACGUCUCUGGUGUCCACCUACAACACCAAUCACAGUUCUCUCUCCAGCCUCAGAUAACCAGCACCGCAAACACAGAAGCCUCGGCCAAGCUCUCCCUCAGUCUCCACCUGUUCCUCACAGACUGAACUCCUACUGCAAAUACUAUCACCUUUCUUCUAUUUCAGCGUGUUAAUGUCUACAUCACAUGAAAGCUGAUUGCCUUACCAGCCUUUUUUAGUGUUCAGAUGAAGAGCACAGUAAGAAAUACUUGCAUGAGUCCUAAUGCCAGGUUUACUGAACGCAACUACACUUUACUCUUGUGUCUUGAAAUAGGUUUCAAGAGAAAGCUGUUUGUACUGAUGUUUGCCUCUAGCCUCUAUUGAUAUACUGUUAUAUAGAGUUGGUAUUCAUAGGCUUCGUUCUUUAAACUGCUACACAACAGCGCUCACUCUUGAAUUGAUCAAAGUCGUUGAAAUCGUAGUCUUAUUGCCAAUAUUACACACUCAUGUUGGGAGUUUCUCUCAAACGUUAGUUUUCACGAGCACAUUUUCAGAAAGUAGUGCUGUCCAACCAUUAAUCGCAUGCCAAAUAAAAGUUUGUUUACACAAUAUAUACGUGUGUAUAUUUCUUAUGUAUAUAUAAAUACACACACAGUAUAUAUUUUCUAAGAUAUUUACAUAUUUGUAUAAUUAUUAUAUACAUGUGUGUGUAUUUACAUAGAGAUAAUAAAUGUACACAGCACACACGUUAUGUCAAUAAUAGUGUGUUUUGGAUGCGUUUAAGGGUUUGACCGCGCUAGUCCUAAUGUCGCUGGGCUUUACUGGUUUGGUAGCGCACUGCUUGCCUGAUCAAGAUCGUAGGAGCGUCUUCGUCUUUGGGCUCUAGUGUGGUGCUUUCUCUGGCUCUGCAAUCCCAGAUGUGAGAAAGCAUUUAAAGAAGUGGCCUAAUGUUUCCUGUGUGCACUGGUUUUGCUGUGGUCCAGGAUUUAAUGCAAGCGGUCAAACACAGGACCGUCUCAGCAGCGGUUGAUGUCCGAUUCUUCUUCUCUCUUACCGUUCUUCUCUGAGGCUUCGCCAGCAAUGUUCAUAGCACAGUGGCAACCAGUUUCUCACUUUUAGUUGUGAUGAUCUCAGUUUUGUGUGUGUCUGCUCAUAAACUAUAAGCAGUUGUGUAUGCGUGUGGAUCUGUGUGAAGUAAUGUGAAUAAUCCCAGGACUUGAUGCCAAGGUUAGCUGUCUAGCAGAUGAACUGCCUCUCACGCAAGAGGGUGGGUUUAGUUUGAAAUGUUUACAGCUUGAUUGUAGUUGCUGUUCAGACACUGGAUAUUCACUUCGACUGUUAAUGGUGCCAUUUCCUUUUUGAAAUGCACUUUUCUAGGUCUUAAACAAUUUAGUCUGUCCUAAUUAUAAAUGCUUCUUUUUUAUGAUUAAUACGAUUGUCACUUCAAAUGCGAAUUGUUAAGGUCUCGAGUAAACUUCUCUCAGCAGUAUUUCAAUGUUUUGUUUCUUCUUCUCUUAAAUCAGAAAGCACAAAGGUUAGUUUAUUGUGGUAAACUUCUAAAAUGACCAAAUCUAAAAUGUUCUCCAUGGGCUAAAACAGGACAUCUGUCCCGUGUUAUUGUAAUAAGAUUAGUUAGCUGAACCCAAUCCAGAGCUGGUCCUCCAGUGUUUGUAUGAAAUGCUUCUUGUUUUUCAGUAGUGAACUCAAACCUGUGGCAGAGGAUGCUGAUGCAUAUGAUCAGUUUCUGCACAUUUAUUGCAACCAUUAAUGCAAUCUAAAUAAGCGAUGACCUGCGAAUCACUUCUCUGCAGCUCUUAUAACAGACUUGUCCUUCAUUUGUAAAUGCUAUGUUAUGAAAAGAAAAAAAAAAUCUUGGAGUUUUUACACUUACUCAAUUGUUGGUGUUGUAGUAACAUUUAAAGAAUCUCAAAGUCGUCCUUUUCUAACGUUUCAAGCACACUGUUUUUACUCUGUAUCACUCUGCUGUGUCUGAUAUUGGGGAAAUACAUGUUGACCCAAGAUUGUGUAACAGUUGUGUCAACAGUCUUUAAAUAAAAACUGAAAAGCUU